UUUUGCUAGAAAUUUCUGUCUACGACUUAAUUAUGUGAUAAGCUUUUGCAGACUUCUCAACAGCCAUCGUGAAAUCUUGCCCGAUGUGCCUGCUGUAUAUUUCGUUUCACCCACCGAUGAAAACAUUAAAAUAAUUUGUGAUGACCUCAACAAAGGAAUGUAUGAUAGCUAUUAUCUGAAUAUGAUUAGUCCAUUGAGUAGGCCGCGUCUAGAGCAACUAGCGUCUGCUGCUGUCUGUGGUGGAACGGUGCAACAUGUUCAGAAGCUUAUGGAUCAGUUUUUGAACUUCAUAUCAUUGGAAGACGACUUAUUUGUACUGCGACGAUAUAACGACAACAGUCCUUUUUCAUUUUAUGGUACUUAUUCCCUUUUUACAAUUUUUAUGAUUUUAGGUGUACUUUUCUAUCUGGGCCGUGCGUUUUUCAUUUGCUUUUCGUUGUUCCUUUGCAUAACCGUUCAGGUUUCCACUGGUUUUCUUUUUUUGUUAAUAAUUAG